UCAGAUCAUAAAACCAAAAUUAAAACAAAAGGACUUGACACACUGAAUCUAAAAAUGUCUUGGCACAAACAGAUUUAAGCAAUUUCAGGGAGGAGCAGAAUAGUUUAAAAUCAUUCAUAAAAGACAAAAACAGGGCGUAGACUCUACGCCGUAGAGUCUCUCCAUUUGCAGCAGUGAACAUAAUAUUUAGUCAUAGUGUCAAUUACAUUUCUAUCCACAUCAGUCACAAAGCAUAAAAUAUGAUUAACAUUUAAAUUUGGCAACUUUAAAUUGUGUUUUUUCUUAAGUUUCUGAGUUUUUUACCUAGUUAGGUUAAGCCACAGAGCAGCAGCACCGCCCAUAGGAGGCAUCUGACUGCCGAGGAGCGCGUGCUUUUGGGGCGGUCUCGGAAAUCAUCGGAAGCACUCGGGAUGUUUCGUUUCCUCCCAUGGAAGUAUAUCCUCCCUGCCACUUAGCUAGCUGAGUGGACUAGCCUGUUACUUGUAGCUUAUAUCCAGCGUUACCUGAGCUUGUUUAGAUGCUUAUUUCGCGCUGAAACAUGUCGGACAGCGAGGAUCAGGGCCUUGGUUCAGCCGCGGCCGCUCCGGACUCACAGUUUCCCCCGCGCCACAGCUGUCAGACCCCAGCUCUCACCCCGUCCUCCACCACCUCUACGGGCACGGGAACCUCCUCAGGCCCCAGGCUAGUGCGGAUCGUCAAAUCCAACUCGGGAUAUGGCUUCAAUGUCCGCGGGCAGGUGAGCGAAGGGGGGCAGCUCCGGAGCAUCAAUGGAGAGCUUUACGCACCGCUGCAACACGUUUCCGCCGUGCUGCCCGGGGGAGCUGCGGACCGAGCCGGGAUAUCCAAAGGGGACAGGAUACUCGAGGUAAAUGGGGUGAAUGUUGAAGGAGCGACGCAUAAGCAGGUGGUGGAGCUGAUCCGGGCCGGAGAGAGGGAGCUGGUGCUGAGGGUGCUGUCCGUCCCCCCUCAGGAGGCCGACUGUUCGGACCCCGGGGACGAAGGCUCCGCUCACUCCUGCUACGACUACUCUGACAAACAGGCGGUGCCCAUCUCUGUGCCCAGCUACAAGCACACGGAGCUCAACCAGGAGAAGUUUGUGGUGUAUAAUGUGUGCAUGGCUGGCAGACAGCUGUGCUCGAAGCGUUACAGGGAGUUUGUCAUUUUACACCAAAACCUGAAAAGAGAGUUUGCGACUUUCACCUUCCCCAAACUUCCCGGGAAAUGGCCCUUUUCUAUGUCCGAGCAGCAACUGGACGCUCGACGCAGGGGACUGGAGGAAUACUUGGAAAAAGUGUGUUCUGUUCGAGCCAUUGGUGAAAGUGACAUCAUGCAGGAGUUUUUAUCAGAAUCAGAUGAGAACUCCAAUGGGGUCUCAGAUGUUGAGUUGAGAAUAGCUAUGCUGGAUAAAACCACUCUCACUGUCAGAGUCCGGAGGAAUGCCACCACAGAUCAGGUGUACCAGGCGGUGGUGAACAAACUUGGCAUGGACAGUAUUAUGGCCAGUUACUUUGCACUGUUUGAAGUCAUCAACCACACUUUCAUGCGUAAACUUGCCCCCAAUGAGUUUCCCCAUAAACUGUACGUACAGAACUACACCUCGGCCAUCCCAGGGACCUGCCUCACUCUGAGGAAGUGGCUCUUCACCACAGAGGAAGAGAUUCUGCUUAGUGACAAUCCACUUGCCCUCUCUUACUUCUACCACCAGGCCGUGGAGGAUGUGACAAAAGGGUUUAUAAAAGCCGAGCAGAAGUCGUAUCAGCUCCAGAAGCUUGAGGAGCAGCAGAAGAUGUCUAUGUACUUGAAUUUGCUGAGGAGCUGUGAAGGCUACAAUGAGAUUAUAUUUCCUCAUUGUCCAUGCGAUUCUCGACGUAAAGGCCACGUCAUCACAGCCAUCAGUAUUCACCACUUCAAACUGCACGCAUGCACUGAAGAGGGCACUCUAGAGAACCAAGUGAUUUCUUUUGAGUGGGGGGAGAUGCAGAGGUGGGACACAGAUGAGGAGGGCAUGGCCUUCUGUUUUGAGUACGCUCGAGGAGAGAAGAAGCCUCGCUGGGUCAAAAUAUUCACUCCAUAUUUUAACUACAUGCAUGAGUGCUUUGAGAGGGUCUUCUGUGAGUUAAAGUGGAGAAAAGAGGUGGAGGAGGACGCCGUAGACAAGGACAAUAAGAACUACAGUAAAGAUGAAUAUUUUCCAGCUGCUGAGACACAGAGGGGGUGGAGGCACUUAGGAGCAGAGAUCAUUACCUCAUAGCAAAACCAACAGCGCACUGCAUUUGGACUUCACAGGGACACUGUGCUAUUACCCAUGUCAUAAACUAGAAUACAAGAAAUAAAACUUGAAUCGAUCAAACAUCUAGAGAAAAGCAGCAUAAAACAUCUCAACCCAAGCGGCAGAAGUCUAGAUCAUUAUGCGUAAGGUUUUACUCAGAAGGACCGUGUCAUGGCUCAGACGUGUGUAAAGACGUCUGCUGAAUGCUCACGUGCACUUACAAGUCUGACUCUGCAGCUUGAUGACCCGCAUGAAGAAAUACUUUAGACUCUAGGAUCAAAAGGGACAUUUCUUGAGCUGGAGUGAUCACAGAAAGGUUCUACCAAUGCAAUUUCUUCUUUGUCCACUAUUUUUGUUCAUGUUUUUUUUUUUGCAAAAUUAUGAAAAAAAGGCCACAUCCAAAACCCAGAUCUGCAUUAAAACAUUGUCAUUGAAUUAUUAUACACACAAUUCAGAAUGAGGAUCUGCCUAUUACAACUGAAAGGUGUUUUAUGGCUUUACCUGGAAUGGUCACAACAUGGCAUAGUAGCUUUCCGUCUCCAUGGCAACAAGCAGAUGAUGUCACCAGGCCAAGUUAUAGGUCAGAUCUGUGGAAGGGUGUCCCCGCUCACAGAAAGAAUGCCUGUUUUUCGAAGGUAUUUUCAAUCAAUAAAACAACAAAUUGAAUAAAUACAAGAUUUACACAUUCCGGGCAAAGCAUAGACAUCUCCACGGUUAUGAGCAGUUGGCAGAACGCCCACCAGAAAAGUUACAUAGUGCACCUUUAACGCGUUUUAUGCAAAUGUUGUGAUUACAUCUGAUAUCUUGAUGGAUCUGGAUGUGAUUAUCGCUCUCUUGUAUGCACUUUAACAACAGUAUUAACCCCAGUACAAUCUUAACUAUGAUUUCCAAACACUCCAUGAAGUCGGUGUGAGAUUUGUGAUGGUGGAAGAUAAUGAUAAAUCUAAUUGGACAGCAGAGGUCCUCCUUCUCCUGUCUGCAUCCCUGAUUACUUUGUUGCUAAGAGCUUCUCGAUUUAUUGUUGCCGUGUAAUUUAACUAGCCUUUUCCAUACGCACCGUGUCUCUAUAGUAAGCAGUCAGCUAUAUUUACCAAUUCACUCAGGCUGAAGCUCGGGUUCCGUUAAGGACACCAAUAAACAACCAAUGUAUAAUUAAUUUCCCUCCAAAAACAGCUUGUCAGAAAGGUACUAAGAUUGUUAGUUUUAUGUUCUCGGGCUUUUGCAUUAUCAAAUUUUCCUUGUAGUUAAGCUGUUCACCAUGGCGAUGUUGGUGCAGUGUGAUAAAAUACAGUAAGAGGCUGUGUCUUAGACUUGUUUUCAGUAAAGAAGGGCUGCAAUGAACUAUUAUAAUCAUUUUUAUCAACUAUUUAAGUAAUCGUGCAUUGUCAGGAUAUGCUUAAUAACAAAGUUUAAUAUUAAAUCAAAGUUACGAAAAGUAACAGCAGAUUUUAACCCAUAAUGCGCCUGGUUCUUUAUCUCAAAGCCUUCAGUCUGCAUGUUUAUCUUUAUCACGGUUUAAAAUACCUUAAAAAUCUCAGAAAAUAAAUUACUUGACUAGUUGAAAGCCAAAACAUUCAUUAGUUGCGGCUUUACAGAAAGGAAAACGUAACAUAUUAAGAACGUAAAACACGAAAUUAAACUGUAUUGUGCAGAAAAAAGAUGCAAGUUACAUAUCCAAGUCUCGCAGUUAUAAAAACAAUAAUGCUCCAACCUGCCCCGCGCAAUAGCAAAGAAUCUGCUAAAACUAAAACAUUCUCCUGGAUAGUUAAAUGAUCAGAAACCACAUCACAAUUUGAUCUUGUCUCUCAUUAGCCCUGUCACAAUAUCACAUUUCAAAGUGUGACAUAUCACAGAAGUAAAUAUAGACCAUAAACGGUCAUAUUGAAACUAAUUUAUGCCACUGAUUAACCCAAGAGCAGAUUUAAACUGCAAAAUCUAUUCUAAAUGUGCAAUGUUGUUAGAAGAAUCACAAGCUGCAAUAAAUAAACAGCAGAAUGAAACACUUUAGUAAUUAGUUUGCAUCUAUAAUGAGUCAUAGAAGUGAUUAAUUCAACCUUUCAUGGUUUAAAUCUUAUUGUAUAGCCAAAAAAUAAAACAUUUUCCAGCAGUGCAAAGAAAAUACACACUCAAUUAGUUAUCGUGACAAGCAUAUCUCUCAUAGAACUUUUGAUGAAGUUGCUGUUUUGCUGCAGAGUGCGGCACAACAGGUUCAAUGCCGUUUUGAUUUAAGUUCAUAAUCCAUACUGAAUCAUAAUAUUAUUACACCGUGAUGCCAACAAGUGUCAGUGAGCUUUUUCUGUUUUGUAUAACCAGAAAAGUUCAAAUCAAUAUCAAAGAACUGGAUGUGCUAAUAGCAUAAAAGAGCAUAAAAGCCUGUGAUUAAUGAGGCUCCACACACCUCAAUGCACAAAGCAGUUUUAAUGGAAAGUGCUGUGGGACUGAAUGUGCAAUACUACAUUUCCCAGGAUUCUGUCUGUUCACUGGAGCGUAUACAGUGGUCGAUCGUCUGCCAGUUUCUGACCAUUCCUCCAGCUUCUACCAUAAUUGAAACUCACACGUCUUAUUUAAGUUUUGGCUGGUGAAGCAGAGACUGUGUUACAUUGCUUUUUGUUAUACAUUGUCAUUGAUAAUUGACUGAUUAUGGAUUGUCAUAUUCUUAUAAAUAAAAACAUUUAUUGACAAUG